GGGACUUCCGUCGGGAGCUGUCGGCUGGCGGUGCUGCGCUGCGCUGCGCUGCGGGUGGAGCUGGAGCUGGAGCUUUAACCAAAGUAUCUCUGGCUUUAGCGGCCCAGGAACAGGGCUUUGCGGUGACACUGAGGGCGAGUCCUUCCCUAUCGUGGAGUUGGCCUGGGGCUUAGCUGGACGACUGAUAUUUUUGUUGUGUAUGUGCGGUAACAAUAUGUCAUCGCCGGUUCCUAUCAUUAUCCCCGCUACCAAGAAAGCAACGGCUGCGGUUAUCUUUCUCCAUGGACUGGGAGACACUGGACAUGGUUGGGCUGAGGGACUGUCAACUAUCAAGAUACCACAUGUGAAAUACAUUUGUCCAAAUGCGCCUACUGCUCCUGUCACAAUGAACUUCAAUAUGACUAUGUCAUCCUGGUUUGAUAUCUUUGGACUAACUGUGGAUUCUCAUGAAGAUGAGGGAGGCAUCAGGAAGGCCGCUGAUAGUGUUAAAGAAAUGAUAAAUGUGGAAGUUAAAAAUGGGAUACCAUCUAAUCGAAUUAUUUUGGGGGGAUUUUCUCAGGGAGGUGCUCUGUCAUUGUACACAGCACUGACAACACAUCAGAGGCUUGGAGGUGUGAUUGGCCUUAGCUGUUGGCUUCCACUUCGGAAAUCUUUUCCGCAGGCAGCUGCUGAUAGUCCAAACAAGGAGAUUCAUGUUCUUCAAUGUCAUGGAGAGAUAGACCCCCUAGUGCCUCUAUCAUUUGGAGAUCUUACUGCAGAAAAAUUAAAAACUCUCAUCAAUCCAGAAAAUGUCAUUUUCAAGUCCUACCCAGGCAUGGCACAUGGUUCUUGUGCCAAGGAAAUGUCUGAUGUCCAAGAGUUCAUUGAAAAGAUGCUACCUCCAAUCAACUAAUGAAAAGCCAGAAUUUUUUUUCUAAGAAGCUGCACCAGCAUCUGAUCAUGAUAGACCCUAAUCUUCCUUUCACUUGCCUACAUAAGAUGCAAGUCAUCCAUCAUUUUAACAUUAGCACUUUUUUCUCAAUUUAUAUUCUGUAAUUGUCACAGUAACUUGGUGUUACGUUGAGGUUGCGCUGUCUGCUAGUUUAUACUGAGCAAUGCAGUAAUUGCAGGCAGCAUUUAAAAAGCUUAUCUACAAUGCAAUCAUUCCAGUUUUUACUUUGUCCUGGUACUAUUUGCUUUGUUCAGCCUGAGAUUCAUUCUAUCUUGACUAAGUGUGAUAUUGGUGAAUGUAUGAACAUAUAGAAGAAACAAGUUACAACAUGCAAGUGUCUAUAAUCUCCCAAAAGGUCACUUGCUAUUUGUGUUUUACUGCAACAAAAAUUGUCAUAGAAAUCAAAUAAAGGUCAUAUUUGAUAACCAA